CGUAAACAUUUUUUUUUUAUGGUGUGGACUUCUGCUCUUAUUUCUAAAAAGAUUAUGUAUUUCUUUUUAGAGUUUGUUUUUGUUAUCUUGUUUGUAUAUGAGCUAUGAUCUAGUUUUCUUUAGACAAUUAUCGAGUUGUAACAUUUUCUAUUUACUCCAAUGCUAAAUGAAAUUUCAGUUUUUGAACAUGUUGCUUUGAAAAUAAUUGUCUCUAGAUGUUCUAUAUUUGUCAAAUGCUUCAGCUUUGUGAUUAAUUAGUAAGUCAUAUCUAAUAUUCUUGAAUUUUUUGGAGUUACAAUAAGUGGCUCUGCAAGUGCACGAGGCAUUUUUCAGUAUAUGUAUUAUAAUUUUACAACUGAUUUGUCGUAUGGUGUCAUUUUAUCUUAUCCUGAUAUUGUUUAACUUGAUAUUGAGAAGUUGAAGAUAUCAUCUGAUAAGAGUAUGUUGGCAUUGUAACCUGGUUUUGCAUAAUUUGCUGCUGGUGAGAACUUCCUUUCUUUGGGUAAACUGUGCCACGGCCCUUUAAGUUGUAUACGUGUAUUCCACAGAAAAUCAUGAUUUAAACUUUCUCGCCUACUGAUGGUGUUUGCUACGUAUUCUAAAACCACAAUUUUACUGUUUGGAGAUUUGAAUGUUUCAAGUGGCAAGUAGAUUAUUGGUUAUGCUAAGGAAAGAAGGGUUUUUUGGAAGCAAUAUGGGAAGUUACAUUUGGAAUUUGGAUCGGGUAUGUUGAGAAGUGCAUAUUAUACUAGAAACACCUUGGGUCUUGGUCUUGGCCUUGGCCUUGCUGUUGUGGUGAAACUAUGUCUUUACCACCGGGUAAGAAGCAGUAGUGAUUGUAGUUUUUAAUCACUGAUUAAGUUUUCAAUUGAUUCAUCUUGUCUCCCUUUUAGAGCUUUGGUGAACAAGAUCAACUAGAUAGUUUGAGUUGAGUGGAAUAUGGAUUUGUUGGUGGAACUUUGGAGAGAUUGUUGGUGGGAAGGUAAUAAUGAUUGACAAUAGGUACUCAGCAUGACGUUUGAGGUGUUUGCCUUUUUAUGUUCACAAGUGUGGAAGUAUCUCUUCUUCACUAUCAGCAGGUUCUGCUUUAGUUUACUUGAAAAAUUUUAGUUGAUAUUGACUUUUUAAUCUUUUGAGAAAAAAUUGUAUGGCAUAUGCGAGUCAAAAGCUCAACAAUUCUGGAUAGUGAAUAUUGAUGCGGAACUGGUCUUAAACAGAGUUGAUGGCAAAAAAAGGAAUCCUGUGCAGUCAACCCCAACUAGUUUGGGAUAAAAGCAUAGUUAUUAUUUGUAUCAGAGGAAAGGUAUCACAUCACAGGAGCAAAGUAAUAACAGUUGCUGGAGACAUGUCCUAAAAAUUUUGUUGGCUGAGAAGACUAGUUGAUUUACUUAAUUUGCUUUUAUUCAAGAUACGAAAUAUAAGGCCCUUCUUGAUGACAGGAUAUCAGUGUUUUAACAUCGGAUACAAAUUGAAGUAGCUCUAGUGUUAGACAGCUGUAAGAGCCUGGUUCUUUAUGCUAAUGAAUCCUAUAAAUUAAUGGAAAUGCUAUUGACCAAGGGAUUUCUGCAAAACUAGAUUGGAGAUCGUUUAUGUGCUCUUGCGCUCAUUAUGUGGUAUGGGCUGUAAUUGGCUGUGGAGUUCCAUUGAUGUCUGAAAUGGUUUCAAGUAUGAGGACUGUGCCUACUUUUAAAGCUGAAGAAGAUUGUGAAGGAUAUAAUUUUGGUCCCUUCAUAAUCGACGUGCUUGAUUCAUUUAGGUGGACAGACUUUUCUUUUAUGUUUUUUGGUUGGUUAAUGAUAAAGCAGGAGAAAUCACCUAGGUAAUGUGUAAGAUAAUUUUGCAGAUUAGAUUUUGUGUUUGCUGGAUAAGCAUCUUGUCAGGCUUGAGGUAAAAUUUGGUAGACUAUAUGAUAAAUUAGUUGAAUAUCAAUAGACAUCUUGGGAUUUAAUAUCAGUAACCAGCGAAUGCUGCUGUCGUUUGAGAUAUACCAUGCAAUUGGUUCGUCUUAUGGAAUCAAACCUUCAGGAAGAAAGCUUUUUAAUGAUUAAUUCAAAUAGGGACAUUGUGUGAAAAGUUGAAUAAGCAUACAGAUAUUGGUGUCUGUACUCUAUCUAUGCUUUUACUUGAUGUCGCAAUCUGACCAUAAAACCUUGCUUGAGAAGCUUCUGCCUAAAGGUGGCUAUAAUUUUUCCACGAGACCUUGAUUCAUAUCUGUCAUUUUGUCCAUUAUGAUUCAAAUUGUCUGCUUGUGUUAGACCAGCCAGAAUAGCAUCCAAAUCAAAUACAAGUUGUCAAUUGACCUAAUGCUUUCUGAAUUAUUGCACGAAAAUAACUUUUAAGUGCUGCAGAACUUAGUUCUACUAGCUAUUAAUUUGCCACUUUUCCUAGUUCAAUGUGAUUUUUGAAUAUUUGGAAAGUGAUUAUUCUUCCUAAAAUAUGUUGGUUUUACAUUUCAUGCUUGGAAAUCGUCCUCUGUGUUUGUAGCCAGGAAUCAUAGGAAUUGCGUGGGUUUUGUUUGGCUUCCUGAGUUAGUAUAAGCAGGAUUAACCAUAUGCCAUAAUCGUGAUAUAGUUGUAUUUAAUUCGAGUAUCUAGAUUCUAUUUUAGCAUUGUAAAGAAGUCCUACCUUGAUUCAAGCCAUUAUUUUAUGUUGAAUAACCUGCAUCUUAAAGUUUGAGGUCUCUUUGAAUGGUUUUUGAGUCUAUUUGGAACUAUUCCCUGUUGGAGUAUGGCUAAUUACAUUGUUCUUAAUCAUUAAACUUUUCUCAUACGCAUUAUAAGGAAUUAGACUUAAUGAAUGUAGAUUACCAAAUUCAAUCAGCCAACCUUGCGGGUCUGGUGCAAUGACUCCAAUCUGAACUAGAUUUGUAACUUCAAAUUUGAAUCAAAUUCAAAAUUUAUUAAAUACCAAUUCUAUUUAACCUAAUACCAUCCUAUGGAAUCUUAGUUGUAGACUAUUCAUGAGUAUGAAAAUACGGUGGGAAAAGGCGUUUAUACUUUGGAGAAAUUAGCUUGAGUGCAAAACUAAAAUUUUUUAGAUUCUUUUUCUGGAACAUGUUACCAAAGUUAUAUGUAUAUUUUUUUUGGAUAUAUGACGAUAGUCAGCUGAACAAUUUUUUAGCAUGAUUUGCGUAUGCUAUGUAUCACAAGUCAGUAGCUAUUCUGAAAUUUGGAUAAGUUACCAAAACUGUAUAGAAAUGUGAAGGGUGGCUGAAACUGCCACUUGUAUGGUUGUAGGAUGCAUUUGCAAGUCCAAAUUUCACAUCACAUCUGGAACAAUAGAUUUCAAUUUUAUGCAUUUGGUGUGUGCAAUGGAUCUCUGAUCUUGCUAGUUCCAUUACAUCAGGAACUUUGCAUGAAAUGCUAUUGCUUUUCUCCUUUUCUUGAUGACCUUAUAGUUAUCUUAUUAUUAUUAUUAUUAUUAUUAUACGAAGGGGAAAAAAACAGUGCAAGAAGUGAUAAAAUGAUGCUCUAAAGCUUCAAGGAAAAUAUUCCUAUGCAAUGUCCCUUUCCACUCACUUUCAUUUUAUUCAAUUUUAUCGCAUUCGGACACAUGUUAGAAGAAAGAGUAGUUAGAAAAGGGAGAAAUUAGAGAGAGAGAGAGAGAGAGAGAGAGAGAGAGAGAGAGCUUGUUGAUCUGGAGUUCAUACCGUAGCCUAGGAUGUGAUCACAAAAAAAUAAAUAAUAAAGUCUGUGAUCUUGGUGGAGUUGAGUUAUUCCCUGGUAGCCACUUAUGUUUCAACUUAGUGAGUUGAUGUGGUAGCCAUUUAUGUUUCAGCUUAGUGAAUUGGUGAGAGUAGCUUCUGCUUUUAAUCUACUUGCAAAUUGUGUAAGAACCAAUCAUUAAUGCUUGGGUUGUAGUUUUGGUGUGAAAGUUGUCCAAUUUGAUGCUAUUAGACAGAGACAGGGGGAAGCUAACAGAUCUCAUGGCUGGGAUCAGGUCAAAAAGAUGGUGUUUGAUAUUGCUGGGAGCAACUUUGAGUAGUUUUCUUGUUGUAGCUUCAAUAUGUGUUCUAGCAGAGCCAAGAUCGAAACAAAAAGGUUCAAGUUAUAAGACCGAAGAGGUUGAAUCCCGCCCAGUAAUGCGAGCUUUGAAUUUCUUUUACCAAAAAGGUCGAGUGGGUUAUAAACAUGUUUGGCCGGAAAUGAGAUUUGGCUGGAAAAUUAUGCUUGGUAGCAUAAUUGGAUUCUUUGGUGCAGCAUGUGGCAGUGUGGGGGGUGUUGGUGGUGGUGGUAUUUUUGUUCCUAUGCUUACUCUGAUCAUUGGGUUCGAUGCCAAAUCGUCAACAGCACUAUCAAAAUGUAUGAUCACAGGUGCAGCAGCUGCAACAGUUUACUACAAUUUAAAGUUAAGGCAUCCUACACUUGAGCUGCCUAUCAUCGACUAUGACCUGGCACUUCUAUUUCAACCAAUGUUGGUUCUGGGAAUUAGCUUGGGAGUUGCUCUCAACGUGAUUUUUGCUGACUGGACAAUCACAAUUUUGCUAAUUAUUCUCUUCAUAGUCACAUCAUCCAAGGCAUGCUUCAGGGGUAUCGAGACAUGGAAAAAAGAAACCAAAUUGAAAAAGGAGGCUAGUAGACACUUGGAAUCUGUUGAAAACACAACUGAAGAGGUGGAGGACAAAACUCCUCCUGGAGGCCCCAUCAGUGCUGUUCAAGCAGAAGCCAGUCAGUCAAAAGAGAAGGUCUCUAUUGUCAAGAAUGUUCGCUGGAAGGAACUCGGACUUCUUGUUGCUGUGUGGCUGAUAAUCCUUGGUUUGCAGAUUGGCAAGAAUUACUUGACAACCUGUUCAGCAACAUAUUGGGUGUUAAAUAUAUUGCAGAUCCCUGUAGCUGUUGGGGUAACUGCAUAUGAGGCAGUUGGCCUGUACAAAGGGCAAAGAAAGAUUGCAUCCAUGGGAGAUGUGAGCACAAACUGGCAAGUUCGCCAACUUGUUCUCUAUUGUGUCAUUGGUGUGUUUGCUGGAAUCGUUGGUGGGAUGCUUGGACUUGGUGGAGGAUUCAUUUUAGGUCCUCUGUUUCUGGAGAUGGGAGUCCCCCCUCAGGUGUCAAGUGCCACAGCCACAUUUGCUAUGACGUUCUCUGCUUCCAUGUCUGUCAUAGAGUAUUACCUUCUAAAGCGUUUCCCAGUUCCUUAUGCUCUCUACUUCUUUGCUGUGGCUGUCAUUGCUGCCUUUGUCGGGCAACAUGUUGUAAGAAAGUUGAUUAGUAUAUUAGGGAGAGCAUCCCUAAUAAUCUUCAUUUUGGCCUUCACGAUCUUCGUGAGUGCUCUAUUACUAGGCGGCGUUGGCAUAGCGCACAUGAUCAAGAAGAUAGAAAAGAAGGAGUACAUGGGAUUUGAAAACAUUUGUUCAUAUGGAGAUUAGUAUCUAUAACUAGUUGCUUCAUCCAGAAAGGCACGACAUAUCCUUCUCUUCCUUGGCUUUAAUAUCUUCUAUUUGUAGUAUCAGCUGUUACGUUCCCAAUAGGAUUAGUUAUUGGCGAUGCUCCUAGUAUCUAUAAAUUUAACUUCUUCAUAUUAUAUCAUAUCAUAUCAGCUAAAACCAGAAGCUCAGUUGACAUAGCUAAGCUUCAUUCCGAUCUUCGUUAGUUCGCCUUGUUCAGUGCAACUGCUCCCAUUUGAGAAUACUACCUUAAAGCUGCAAACCACCAUCAAAUCAGUUGGAAACGCUGUCUUCUGAGGCACUAGUUGACUGGUUUGUGUCCCUACCUUGGCCAACCUAUAUUAUGGGUGGAAAGUGGAAGCAAAGAUGUUAAUUUCUGAUUGUUGUUUUAAGACAUGCUCAUGUUAUUUCCAGAUACGUUGAUUACGUUUUAUUAUUGAUAAGAAGGAUUCACGUUUGUGUUUCUUGCUGAAACUUAUUCUUAUAAAGCAUGUUCAUAUGUCCUCCUCAUUUCUGGAGUUCUCUACCCAUAUCCUUCUUACAAUUUUGAUAUAUUACAGCGUGUUUGCUAUAGUAUUCGUAUACAUCUAAGAAAUUGC